AUGGCGAGGAUGAAGUCGGUCGCAGAAGCCGCGGCGGCGCUGGUGACAGAGCUGGAAGCAGAGUUGGACGCGGAGUUGGAGGCAGAGUUGGAGGCAGAGACCGUUCCAGAGGUCGUGCCGGAGACCGUACCAGUGGAAGUUCCGGAAGAGGCGGUGGAGCUGGCGCUGGCGACGGACGUUCCAGUUCGAGGCAGCAGCAAGGGCAACCUGGCUGGCAGGUGUCACACUGAGGAUCGUGGCGGGAUCAACAGUACCAGCCUGGCGUCUGAGGGCGCUGCGACGACGGCUGCUCGCAGCGGCAGCGCAUUGAUCAGCAGGAAUGAGAGGCAAAGUUCUGAGAACAGAACCGCAGAAGCAUUGGCCUCUAAUGACAGUAGUGUAUCGCUCUGGGAGCUGCUCGAGCUGGAAGAAGCAGAUGAGCCAGUGGAGGUGGUGCUUCCGCUGCUAGUAGGCGAGGUAGUCGUAGUCGACAAACUGCUGGAGCCGCUGGAGCUGCUGGAGCUGCUGGAUGAGGAUGUAGUAGUUGAGUUGGACGAGGCGCUAGCAGUGGAAGUGAUGCUCGUGGUGGUCGAGUGGCUCGAGGUGCCAGUGCUGGAGCUGCUAGAGGACGAAGAGGUUGUCGACGUCGGGCUAGUAGUGGUUCCAGUGCUGCUGGAGCUGCUUGACGACGUUGUCGUGGUCGUGCCACUGCUAGUAGAAGACGUCGAAGUCGUAGAGGUCGACGUGGGGCUAGUAGUAGUGGUAGUCGUCGUCGAGGACGAAGACGAGGAGGAGGAUGAAGACGACGAAGAGGAGGAAGUGGUAGUGGUAGUGGUAGUGGUGGUCAGGCUGGUAGAGGAGGAAGAGCUGGAAGAGGUAGAUGUGGUUGAGGUGGUGGUGGUGGUGCUGGCGACUACGUUGAAGUGGAUUUCACCAUUCGUACCACCGCAGUUCUCAGUUGAAGUGCUAUCACCAGGGCAGAGCGUGUUACAGUUGCUAUCCGAGGUAGUUGCGACCGAAGGGGUGCCACCACAGCCACAGGUGAACACGUUGGCGGCCGACUCGUAG